AUGUCGUUCUCUACCGCAACUGAAGUCAUGGAGGAACAGCCCGAAUCGACCCCGGAUUCCAAGAUCGAUCACGCGGCCUCGCUGAAAUAUUGGAACGAUGUCCCUGCUACCUCCAACGGCAUGCUGGCCAUGCUCGGCGAUUAUCCGUGGUAUUCCCGCAUCGACCUACGAGGAUCGAGGGCCUUCUUGGCCAAGGUGCGACGGCUUUUACCGUCUUGCAGCACAGAAGGCAAACUCAAACUGGGUGUGGACUGUGGUGCAGGAGUCGGACGCAUAACGGAAGGGUUCCUCAGCCAAGUCUGCGAGGUUGUGGAUGUGGUGGAACCGGUCGCGAAAUUCACCGAGGUCGUGCGCAAUGGCUCCCUGAAGAAGGAUGGUAUCGUCGGGGAUAUCUAUACUGUUGGCCUUGAGAACUGGAAUCCGGAGAAGAAAUACGAUUUGAUCUGGACGCAGUGGUGCGUGGGCCAUCUGACGGAUGUGCAAUUGCUCGAAUAUGUGAAACGGUGCCGGGCUGCCUUGACGGAGACGGGUAUUAUGGUGGUCAAGGAGAACCAAUCUACAGAUAUCAACGGGGAGGACAUGUUCGAUGAGGUGGACAGCAGCGUCACCAGGACCGACGAGAAGUUCAAGAAGAUCUUCAAAGAAGCUGGAAUGACUGUCUUCCUCUCGGAGGUUCAGACGGGAUUCCCAAAGAACUUCAGGCUCUUACCGGGCCUGAUACCCGACAAAAUGACACCUACAAAGCUAGGUAAACAGCAUACGGACUUUAUGCGAUGGACCAAGUCCCAAGGGGUGAAGAUCAAUGGUGUCACACCCGCACACAUACCAGGCCGCGGGUCAGGGAUGAUCGCGACCAGAAAUCUAGAGGAGGGUGAGAUCAUGAUCACAGUCCCUUUGGAUCUGAUGAUCACAAUCGAUUCCAUCCCGACUCCUUUCAUCAAACAAUUUCCUACUGGGACGUCGGUUCACGGAAUCCUUGCUGCGUUUCUUACCGAGGGAGAUGCUGGAUUUCUAAAAAGAUGGGAUUUGUGGCGCAAGGUUUGGCCAUCCCGGAAGGACUUUGAAGACAGCAUGCCCAUCCUGUGGCCAGAGAAUUUGCGGAGGUCGAACUCGGAGUUUCAGAAGACGCCCUGCGAGAGGCCCUUUCUGCUGCCUCCCUCAGCUUCUGGCAUUUGGAACUCAUUUGAAAGCAGCCAGAAUGAUAGAAAAUUCGAGUCCAAGUGCCAGAACUUGCUCGCGCAGCAGGAGAAAAGGCUUCAGGACGCAUGGCGGAACGUACUCACCGUGUACCCUAACAUGGAUUGGGAUAAAUUUUCCUUCCACUGGUUAAUAUUGAACACAAGAAGCUUCUACUACGUCAAGCCCGGGCAAGAACCUCCUGAAGAUUGGAAUGACGCCAUAGGUCUUGUGCCUUUUGCAGAUUACUUUAAUCACUCAGAUGACGCUGAUUGCGAGGUUGUCUUUGACGGUGCCAAGUACACCUUUACUGCUACUCGCCGAUACGAAAAAGGCGAGGAGAUCUUCAUGAGCUACGGAGCUCAUUCUAAUGACUUUCUUUUCGUCGAGUAUGGAUUUUUCCUCGACCACAACGAGUCCGACGUUAUAUUCCUGGAUGCUAUCAUCUCAAACAACCUUUCUGAAGGGGAAAGGGAAGAGCUUGUCUCCCAGCAAGGACUUGAAGACUACCAAGUCACACCUUCUGGCGUCUGCCUUCGCACCAUUAACGCCGCGUGUGUCAAGUACAUGUCAUCCAAGGACUUUCGAAAUUACGUACAAGGUCGAGCAACUAAAGCAUUCGACACGCGGAAAACCUGGAACAUCAUCCGUGAGUGGAUCGAAAUCUACCUCCAAGAGAGCAAUACAACAAUAGAGGCUCUUGAACCGUCGGCAGCCCAAAGCGAAGCGCGAGCUAGAGGGAUGAAUGAACAUGGAACAAAGCAAAGCUACAUUUGA